CUAGUCUUCCGACACUCUUUUCGCAGACCGGUUUAUAAAGAGUGGUUAUAGGGACACCUCAGAUCCAAAGCUGUUUGAAUUGCCCGGCUUGACGUGACGCUGUGAAGUAAACAAAAGGACGUCUGAAAUGGAUAUUAAGUCGCCAAUUAUGAUGCGCUUUUUGCGUUGUCACAUCUGCUCCAAAAGUUUAGUCGACCCUGUGUCUCUCAAUUGCAAUCACAGCUUCUGCCAGAGUUGCCUUAAUCAGUACUUAAACCAAGCCGAGUGCCGAGACUGCGCGGUGUGCAAGAAAGAACUUCCCAAAGAAACCCCAGGAAUCAACUUCGCUCUCAAGGAACUGGCAGAUGCCUUUGCAGGAAGAACACAAUUUGAUGAAAUAAAAAACCAAGAUGUCGUGUGCCGCAAACAUCCCAAAACCCCGUCGUGGUUCUGUGUGGACGAGGGAACCGCAGUAUGUGAAGAGUGUCAACAUUCCCUUCAGCACUCGGGACAUAUGCUGAAACGCGUGAGCGAGGUGGUGGAGAGUAUGAAGGAGAGGCUGCAGUCUAAGCUGGAGCGGAUGGAGCAGCAGCUGGAUCUGUGUAUCUAUGCAGAUGAAGUGUACAAAGACAUAGUGCAGCACAUGGCGAGCCAGAGAGCGGCCACUGAGACAAGGGUACGAGAGGAGUUUGAGCAGCUUCAUCAGCUGCUGAGAGAGGAAGAGGAGGCCAGACUCACAACCGUGAGGGAGGAAGAGGAGGAGAAGAAGCAGAGGAUUGAUCGAGAGCUGGACAUCAUUCAGGGCCAGAUGUUGACUCUAGAGAAUUCCAUACAUCAAAUCGAAAAAGACUUAAAACAGGACAGUCUGGCAUUUCUGAAGGGUUCUAAACACACAGCAAACAGAGCCCAGUGCAUACUGCAGGAUCCUCAAGUGUUCUCCGGUGCCCUACUAGAUGUCACCAAACACCUGGGCAACCUCAAGCACAGAGUCUGUGGAGCACUGCAGGAGAAAGUGCAGUACACCCCCAUGGUUUUGGACCCCAACUCUGCAGCUGGCUGGUUGGUGCUGUCUGAUGACUUGACAAGUGUGAGGUAUAUGAAAGCCAAGCAGGAUCUGCCUGACAACCCGGAGCGCUUCAUGGAACACGCCAUCGUCCUGGGCUCCGAGGGCUUCACCUCGGGCAAGCACCGCUGGGAGGUGGACGUUGGGGACCGGGUCAAGUGGGUCAUUGGCGUGGCCCGGGAGUCCGUCGAAAGGAAGAAAGACUGUUUCCUCAAGCCCCAGUAUGGACUCUGGUCCAUCUGGAAGUACAACGACGAGUACCAUGCGACCCGCCACAAGCUCUCGCGCCAGUCGCUCUCGCUGCAGGACCCUCCUCAGAGGAUUACGGUGGAGCUGGACUAUGAGGAGGGCCACGUGUCCUUCUACGACUCCCGCGACAUGGCCCUCCUGUUCCAGUACCAGGACCAUUUCACAGAGAAGAUGUUUCCGUAUUUCAACCCUCAGGCAGACGCCAACGGCCCACCCCUACAGAUAUGCCCCAGCAAAGGGCCCUGAGCAGGAGUCAAUGAUACUACUAAUAUUAUGUAAGGGAUAAUGUAUAGAACGCUGGUCAUUAUCGGGAAAAUAAGUACUGACAGGGCGAACCGGUCUUGUUUCACCCUGUCGGUACUUAUUUAUAUAAAAUAAAAUAAAGAAAUAAAAUGAAGAAUGGUGCUUCUCAUCUAGCAUGCUAGCCAGUUUGCUAGCCAAGGCUUCCUUUGCAUUUUGUCUUCAAUGUUCUUCUUAAUUUCUGGUGAGAUGCUUUGGAUAAAGACAUAUACUAAACGAUUACACAUGAAAAUGUAC